AUGAGAUCAACGGUACUGCUGCUGGCAGCAAAAAGGUUAGCGUCGGCUGGGGUGCAGAGGACUGUUGGUAAUAGUACCAAUCCUGCGAUGCAAUUCCCUUGUUUGGACAAGUUGGAGAAGAUAUCUGAAGAUCUGAGAGGUCUGAAGCCUUCUCAGGAGACAGCUGAAGUUCUUUCUGAGGGUUCGGGAAGAACUAGGGAUCCCAUAUAUGGUAAAGUGAAGUCAGGCUUUCAGCUAUUCAAUUCCGAUAAACCACUUUUCCUAGACUAUGGCGGAGUUUUACCUAAUUUCCAAAUCGCUUACGAGACAUGGGGUAAAUUGAACAAAGAGAAGUCUAAUGCAAUUUUGAUACAUACGGGGUUGAGUGCUUCUUCACAUGCUCACUCAUCACAAGCGAAUAAUAAACCGGGCUGGUGGGAAGAUUUUAUCGGUCCAGGCAGUGUGGCCUUAGAUACUAACAAAUGGUUUUUGAUAUGUACCAAUGUCCUCGGCGGGUGCUAUGGUUCUACUGGGCCAUCGUCGUUGGACCCUGCCGAUGGUCUUCCGUAUGCUAGUCGAUUUCCUAUGUUAAGUGUUCAUGAUAUCAUUAGGGCUCAACAAAGACUUAUAUCAGAACAUUUUGGAAUUGACAUGCUGUAUGCCUCUGUUGGAUGUUCCCUCGGUGGUAUGCAAUCACUAUGCUAUGGUCAACAGUUCCCUGAUCAAGUGAAAAAAAUCGUUAGCGUUAGCGGAUGUGCGAGGUCUCAUCCCAGCAGCAUCGCAAUGAGACAUGUGCAGAGACAAGUUCUGAUGGCAGACAGAAAUUGGAACCGUGGGUUUUACUAUCCGACUGUUGAUGAACCAAAUAGGAUCCCACCUCACAUCGGUAUGAAAUUGGCACGCGAGAUCGCUACUAUCAGUUAUAGAUCUGGCCCGGAAUGGGAAUCUCGUUUUGGUACUGAAAGGUUGGAUGACGACCAGGCCCCCGUACUUUGCCCAGAUUUCUUGAUCGAAACCUAUUUGGAUCAUCAAGGUGAAAAAUUCUCACUGGAGUACGAUGCAAACUCUUUCCUAUACCUUUCUAAAACCAUGGAUCUGUUUGAUUUAUCUCAAUCGCAUUUGCAAAGGAGUGAAAGAAGGCGGAAGAAGAUGGAAUCGCUGUAUAAUUCAAGUGAACGUUACGAUGAGAAAGAUAACAUAAUACCUAAUAAACCAUAUGCAUUAAAAAGGCGCAGGACAACUACUAAGGAGGAAGCACAUGCAGAUUUGGCUACUGGAAUGAGGCCAUUGCUUAACAAGGACGUUCUCGUUGUGGGCGUCAAAUCUGAUGGGUUGAUGCCUUAUUGGCAACAGAGGGAAAUCUAUGAUAUGUUGGGUGGAGAACAAAAUGAUAGAGUGAAGUUCAAGGCAUUGGAAGAAUCCGAUUCUCAGUAUGGUCAUGAUACUUUCCUUUUGGAUUUAAACCACAUAGGUGGUAGUAUAGGAGAUUUUUUACGUAUUGAUGACUGA